UUUCCGUCGUCUUAUUCACGUUUUUUUAUGCUGUUUUUAACCGUGCGCUGAUCAACUCAAGAUCUUACCGUGGUGAUGGAGUGAUAUGCUGGACAGAUACAGAGUAAGCAACAAGCAAGAAAAAUCAAAAGAUGGGCAAAGAAAAGGCAGGAUUCCUGACCCCUAAGGCCAUAGCUAACAGAAUCAAAGCCAAAGGCCUCCAGAAGUUACGGUGGUAUUGUCAGAUGUGUCAGAAACAGUGUAGAGAUGAGAAUGGAUUUAAGUGUCACAUGACUUCAGAGUCUCAUCAGAGACAACUCCUGUUGUUUGCUGAAAACCCAGACCAAUACAUAGAAGACUUUUCAAAGGAAUUUGAAGAUGAUUAUUUGGAAGUCUUGAGGAGAAGAUGUGGCACUAAACGAAUCCAUGCAAACAUUGUCUAUCAAGAUUAUAUCAGCCACAAGGACCAUGUUCACAUGAACUCUACAAAAUGGGAAACUUUGACAGAUUUUGUCAAGUGCCUAGGACGAGAAGGAAAGUGUAUUGUGGAUGAAACAGAAAAGGGUUGGUUCGUGCAGUACAUAGAUCGUGAUCCGGAGACAAUUAGGAAAAUGGAAGCAUCUGCAGCAAAGGAGAAAAUGGAAAUGGAUGAUGAGGAGAGAACAUCCAGAUUUAUUCAGAAACAGAUAGAGAAGGCAGCUGCUCAAGAGAGAGAAAAACCAGUUACCGAAUUUACAGAGCUUCAGAGAGAGAAUGAUGAGGAUAAAGUCACUUUUAGCCUUGCGCUUAGUAAGAAAGAAAUUCCAGCAGUAAAGACUGACGUUUCCAGUACAUCCACUCUGACUGUGAAGAAAGAGAAGCCAAGCUCUUCAGAUGACAUGAAGGCUGAAAGUACCAAAGAUGUUUCCAAGGCACGAGUUAGUAGGUGGGCAGACAUGGAGGAGGCACCACCUGCUAAGCCAAAACCAGGACCUGGGAUGGCUGGGCAAAAACGAAAGUCAGCGCUGGAUGAAAUUAGAGAAAUGGAAGAAAAAAAGAAAGAAAAAAUGAACAGAAAAGAUUACUGGCUUCAUAAAGGGAUAGUGGUAAAAUUGAUUACCAAGAAAUUAGGUGAACGCUACCACAAGAAAAAAGCUGUUGUGUUAGAGGUAAAGGAUCUGUUUACAGCCACAGUGAAGAUGCUGGACAGUGAAAAAGUCUUAAAAGUCGAUCAAACACAUGUGGAAACAGUCAUUCCAGCUUUGGGAAAAGGUGUAAUGAUUGUGAAUGGAGCUUACAGGGGACAGGAAGCCAAGCUAACUGAAAUUAAUGAGCAGAAGUUCAGCUGUACAGUCACGCUCAGUUCAGGGCCACUGAAAGGCAGGGUACUUGAAAAUAUCCAGUAUGAAGAUAUCAGCAAACUUCAUGUAACGUGACAUUAGCCUCAUCUUGGAAUGCAUUGUACAAUAAAUAAUUUCUCAAUGAAACAUCAUCUGGCUCUAAAUUGUAUACACAUGUAGAUACUGUGGUAAACUUUGUCAGUAACUUGCCAGUGGUCAGUGGUUUACCAAGGGUUCUCUUGUUAAGUGAAAAAUUGUCACUAUUUCGUUAAACGACAAUUAAUUAAAGAAAUAAAUACUGCAGUUAUCAGGUCUCUAUGUAACAUAGUUGAAAUGACAUGGUUCUUGACUCAGGUUAAAUGGUAAAUGAACAUUUAAAAAAACUGUUUUGAAAAUAUGCUCUUCCUGGUAUUCAAGAGCCACAGAAUUUCAUGCUGGUCAAUUGUUGAAGUGGGAGCUGUAGGACAUGUGCAUAUGACAUACUUUGAAUGCCCAUCCCUUUAAAUUUGUUCAUACAAAAUCAAUCAUUAUGUUUUAGAAGCUCUUGUCCAUAGUAUGUAUAUGCCAUCAUUUAUUAUAAUAAAAUUUUUAAUACCAAUUGUGAUGUAACCAUUUUGAAAAUAUACAAUG